CCCCACUGAUUGCUAAGAGGAGUGGGGGGAUGGGGGAAAGACCCAAGGUGUGGGGAGUCAAGAAUAUUAAUGCAUUGUAAUCUCCAAUCAGGCUGAGUUAGUUGUGUGACUCAGGUGGGGCUAACAGGUAUAUGGCCAGUGAGCACAGAUUGCAAAGGCAGUGAGGGGAAUGAGUGUAGCUGACCCUGAUACUUUCCUCUAAGGAAUAGGAAUUGGAUGGGCUCCUGUAGAAGAAGACCAAGAAGCAGAUGGAAACAUGAAAAUAGCAUUUCAGAAAGACUGUGAUACAGAGGGACACUGACAACUGCUCACUGAGCAGCUUGAGAGAGACUGCAGACACAGAUUCCUGGCUGAGGAGCAGAGACUCUUUUUGACCACUGGCUGUCCCUCUCUGUCUGUCCUGCAAAGCAUGUGGCUGCUGUGCAUGGUGGCCCUGGUGGGCCUGUACCACCUCGUGCGCUGGCACCGAGAGAGGCAGGUGGUGAGCCAGCUGCGAGACAAGUACGUCUUCAUCACGGGCUGUGACUCGGGCUUCGGCAACCUGCUGGCCAGGCAGCUGGACCUGCGAGGCUUGAGGGUGCUGGCGGCAUGUCUGACGGAGAAGGGGGCUGAGCAGCUGAGGGACCAGACUUCAGACAGGCUGGAGACGGUCAUCCUGGAUGUCACCAAGUCAGAGAGCAUCGCUGAGGCCACCCAGUGGGUGAAGGACCGAGUGGGUGACAGAGGACUCUGGGGCCUGGUUAACAAUGCAGGCAUUUUCCACCCAGUUGGCUAUUCUGAGUGGCUGAAGAUGGAGACCUAUGUGAAUAUCUUGAAAGUUAACCUUGUUGGUUUGGUGGAGGUGACUUUGAGCAUGCUUCCCUUGGUGAGGAGAGCAAGGGGGAGGAUUGUCAAUGUCUCCAGCAUCUUGGGAAGAAUUGCUUUCUUUGGUGGAGGAUACUGUAGCUCCAAGUAUGGAGUAGAAGCCUUUUCAGAUGUUCUGAGGCGUGAACUUAGACACUUUGGCGUGAAAGUCAGCAUUGUUGAACCUGGAUACUUCAAAACUGGAAUGACAAAAUUGGAGAAUUACCUGGAAAAAAUGAAUCAGAACUGGGAAGAAGUCCCUGAGUCUAUUAAGGAAUCCUAUGGACAGCAUUUUUUUGAUACCUGUCAAAAUAAUCUGAGGCAAGGACUGUUGAGUUGUAGCCCAAAUCUAUACCUGGUCACGGACUGCAUGGAACACGCUCUGACAUCUGUGCAUCCCCGCACCCGAUAUGCGGCUGGCUGGGAUGCUCAGUUUUUGUUCAUCCCUCUUUCUUACUUACCCACAUCACUGGCAGACUACAUAUUGACUAGAUCUUGGCCUAAGCCAGCCCAGGCAGUCUAAAGAAAUGUGGGCUUGAAAUGCAUCACUGAGAUCUCAUUUAAUCCUUACCUGGAGCCUAAAUGUUUAUAACAAACUUUCUUACCUAAACUGACAUCUAACAAAAGAUGUCAAUUUAAAGUAACAUAUUUCUUCCCCCUCCCCAUUUUUUGUUGCUCUUGUUGUGGCUGUUAUUAUUGUUGUUGUUGGAUACAUAGAACAGAGAGAAAUCAAGAGAAGAGGGGAAGACUGAGUGGAGGAGAGAUAGACACCUGCAGACCUGCUUCACCGCUUGUGAAACGACCACCCCCCCCAGCAGGUGGGGAGCCCAGGGCUUGAAUGGGGAUCCUUAAACUGGUCCUUGUGCAUUGCGCCAUGUGCGCUUAACCUGCUACACUGUCGCCCAGCCCCCAAGUAACAUAUUUCUUAAACUAAAUGCUAGAUGUAAAGUUGUAGAUGUUAACUAGCAUUUGCUAUGCUACACAUACCCAAGCAUGUAAUAAUGAAAAUAAAAUAAUAUAAAUCAA